UUAGAGCGAGGCGGGGGGAGACUCGCUCGCGGUGGGGGAGGCGCUGAUAGGACUAUGCCGAGCGGGGCCCUGCCCGCGCCAAACGCUGCCUGAGCCCGUGUCCUGCCGUGGCAGUAGCGGCUGGGCCGCCCCCGACAUGGCCGAGCCCUCGGUCCCCUUCUCUGGCGGCGGCUCCCUGCCGCUCAUUGAAUCAGAGCUCUACUUCCUCGUCGCCCGCUUCCUGACCACCGGGCCCUGCCGGAGAGCGGCGGAGGUGCUGGUGCAGGAGCUGGAGCAGCACCAGUUGCUUCCUAAAAGGUUGGAUUGGGAAGGAAAUGAGCAUUGUAGAAGUUAUGAAGAUUUGGUCUUAUCCAACAAACAUGUGGCUCCAGAUCAUUUGUUGCAAAUUUGCAAGCGUAUUGGACCUAUACUGGAUAAAGAGAUUCCACCCAGCAUUUCAAGAGUGAAUUCCUUACUUGGUGCAGGGAGGCAGUCAUUGCUACGUACAGCGAAAGAUUGCAGGAAUACUGUUUGGAAGUGCUCUGCUUUAGCUGCUCUUCGUAGAGGAAGACCUCCUGAAAUUCCUGUAAACUAUGGCCCUCCACCAAGCAUUGUGGAAGUAAAUCGUGCAAAACAAUUAACUGGGUAUGCAACAUAUAGAACAUCAUUUCCAGGAAGUAUGUAUCAGCACAUAAGGAUGCAUAGGCGGAUUCUUGGCCAUCUCUCUGCAGUCUACUGUGUUGCAUUUGAUAGGACUGGACACAGAAUAUUUACUGGUUCAGAUGAUUGCUUGGUGAAAAUUUGGUCAACUCACAAUGGCCGGUUGCUCGCCACACUACGAGGUCAUUCAGCCGAGAUUUCUGAUAUGGCUGUGAAUUAUGAAAACACUAUGAUUGCAGCUGGAAGCUGUGAUAAAAUGAUCAGGGUAUGGUGUCUGAGAACUUGCGCACCAGUUGCUGUGCUCCAGGGACACACGGGAUCCAUUACAUCUUUACAGUUUAGUCCAAUGGUCAAAGGCUCCAUGCGCUACAUGGUCUCUACUGGUGCAGAUGGAACAGUUUGCUUUUGGCAAUGGGAUGCAGAUUCCAUGAAAUUCAGUAAUCGGCCAGUGAAGUUUACAGAGAAAUCCAGACCUGGAGUUCAGAUGCUAUGUUCUUCUUUUAGCAUUGGUGGUACGUUUCUAGCAACAGGCAGUACAGAUCAUGUUAUCAGGAUGUAUUUUUUUGGCUCUGAAACACCUGAAAAAAUAGCUGAACUGGAAAGCCAUGCUGACAAAGUCGACAGCAUUCAGUUUUCGAACGGUGGUGAUAGGUUCAUAAGUGGCAGCAGAGAUGGAACAGCCCAUAUCUGGCGUUUCCAGCAAACAGAAUGGAGGAGCAUCUUGUUGGAUAUGGCUGAUAGGUUACCAGGUGACUCUCAUUCAGAAGAAGACAGAUUUAUGAAGCCGAAAGUAACAAUGAUAGCUUGGAAUCAAAAUGAUAAUUUUGUUGUUACUGCUGUGAAUAAUCAUCUGCUAAAAGUUUGGAAUUCUUAUACUGGGCAAUUACUUCAUGAUAUGGUGGGACAUACAGAUGAAGUAUUUGUGUUGGAGACCCACCCUUUUGAUUCAAGGAUUAUGUUAUCUGCAGGCCAUGAUGGCAAUAUCUUUAUAUGGGAUAUUACAAAAGGCAUCAAAACUAAGCAUUAUUUUAACAUGAUUGAAGGACAAGGACACGGUGCUGUUUUUGACUGCAAGUUUUCAUCAGAUGGACAACAUUUUGCCUGUACAGAUUCUCAUGGGCAUCUGUUGAUAUUUGGUUUUGGGUGUAACAAGCCUUAUGAAAAGAUUCCUGAUCAGAUGUUCUUCCACACUGACUACCGACCAUUGAUUCGAGACGCUAACAAUUAUGUCCUAGAUGAGCAAACACAACAGGCUCCUCAUCUCAUGCCACCUCCGUUCUUAGUAGAUGUGGAUGGAAACCCUCAUCCAACAAAAUACCAGAGAUUAGUACCAGGAAGAGAGAACUGUGCAGACGAACAUUUGAUUCCUCAACUGGGAUAUAUAGCAACAAGUGAUGGAGAGGUUGUUGAGCAAGUGAUAGGCCAGCAAACUGUUGACCAGGAUGAACAAAGUCUGGAGCCCAACAUUCUUGAUGGCAUGAUAAGACAGUUACAGCAACAGCAAGACCAAAGAACUGGAUCAGAUCAAGAAGUUGUUCCAAAUGGACUACAGAAUGGAGAAGGAACACCUAGAAGAGGUUUUAGAAGGCCAAGUUUAGACAUCCAGUCCCCUCCCAAUAUUGGUCUGCGUCGCAGUGGGCAAGUGGAAGGUGUACGUCAAAUGCAUCAGAAUGCUCCACGAAGUCAAAUUGCCACAGAGCGAGACCUUCAAGCUUGGAAACGAAGAGUAGUUGUACCAGAAAUACCACUGCAUUUAUUCAGAAAACAGGAGGAGUACCGGAUUGCAAAAGGAGAGGAAGAGAGAGAGCUCUAUGCAACAGAGAGGAAAAGGAAGACAUUUCAGUUCUCAGAAAAGAGUGACUCUGAAGCUUCACUGAUACAAUCCAAGCGUAGACUACAUAGGCGUAAAUAUCCAAGUUAUCGAACACGGAAUAACACAGAACAACUAGAUUCAUCUGAUGAGCAAAGGGAUGACUGUUUUGGCUUUAUAAACCAGUAUUUCCUGAUACCGAAAUCCAAGGAUGGGAUGAGGUCUGUCCUUGACCUCCGUGAACUCAACAAAUUCAUCAAGCACAUGAAGUUCUGUGUGGUCAUUCUAUCAGCUAUCCUCCCUGUUUUGUCUCAGAAUGACUGGUUCACUGCUGUGGAGUUUGCAGAUGCCUACUUCCAUGUGGCCAUUCUGCCGAGUUACAGGAAGUCUCUUUGCUUAAUGGUAGGAGACUGCCACUUUCAUGACUCUUCAAGUAGAUAUUCUGACUGGAUAGCUGAUGCAGGGAUAAAUCUCAAGCCUCCUGUACGAACAUCUCGACGCAAAGCUAUCAGAUAUUGUAGUACUUCAGAAGAUGAAGUAUCAGCAGAGAAAUCUUUUCCUCCAAAGAGGAGAAGAAAAAGAAGGAAAAAACCGAAACCGAAAAAGCAGGAAGAGAAUGUGCAGAAUAGUACUCCCACACAGCCAGUAAACGAAGAUGUGUUAUAUGACUACCAUCCUCCUGUUUGGAUAACUGACACAGCACUUCGAAAAUCUCCUUUUGUUCCCCAAAUGGGAGAUGAGGUAAUAUAUUUUCGACAAGGUCAUGAAGCUUAUAUUGAAGCAGUCAGAAAAAAUAAUAUUUAUGAACUGAACCCCCACAAGGAGCCAUGGAGAAAAAUGGUCCUUAGGGAUCAAGAAUUGGUAAAAAUUGUUGGGAUACGAUAUGAAGUUGGUCCUCCUACACUGUGUUGCCUGAAGCUUGCCUUUAUAGACCAUGCCACUGGAAAACUUUCAGACAAAUCAUUUUCUCUCAAAUACCAUGAUAUGCCAGAUGUCAUUGACUUUCUUGUAUUGCGUCAGUUUUAUGAUGAAGCACGACAAAGGAAUUGGCAAGCUUUUGAUAGAUUCCGAUCUAUUAUUGACGAUGCAUGGUGGUUUGGAACAGUGUUGGGUCAAGAGCCAUAUCAGCCACAGUAUCCAGAUAGUCACUUUCAGUGUUACAGUGUUAAAUGGGACAAUGGUGAAAUUGAAAAGCUUAGCCCAUGGGACAUGGAGCCAAUUCCUGAUAAUGUUGAUCAACCUGAGGAAUUAGGAGCUAGUGUUUCUGUAACUUAUGAAGAAAUGGAGAAGCUACUAUACAAACCCCAAGAGGGAGAAUGGGGGAAAAGAUCUCGAGAUGAAGUAUGUGAACGGAUUAUCAGUGGCAUUGAUCAGCUUCUGAAUCUUGACAUUUCAGCAGCUUUUGCUGGUCCAGUUGAUCUGAGUACAUAUCCAAAGUACUGUACAGUGAUAGCGUAUCCAACGGAUCUUUGCACUAUUCGGAUGAGACUAAUCAACCGGUUUUACAGGAGGAUCUCUGCAUUGGUGUGGGAAGUCAGAUGUAUUGAAAGUAAUGCCAGCACCUUCAAUGAACCUCGGAGUGCUAUUGCUCGAUCUGCUAAGAAGAUCACUAAACAGCUGUUAAAGUUCAUUGAUGAUCCGGUUUGUACAAACAUAUUUGAGCUUAGUAAUACAACAGAAGAUGAGCAGGACUCUCUUGAUGCUGCUGAUCUGGAUGAUGAUAAAUGUCUUCCAAGAACUUCUUACAGAAGAGUAAAAAGACGGGUUAUGAAGAGACGAAACAACGUGAAAAUUAACUAUGAUGAAAAUACCUGGAAGAAACAAUGUAUGGAACUGGUGAAUUUAAUUUUCCAAUGUGAAGAUUCUGAGCCUUUUAGACAACCUGUUGAUUUGGAUCAAUAUCCUGACUACAGACAUAUUAUAGACACUCCAAUGGACUUUGGUACAGUGAAGGAGACGCUGGAAGCUGGAAAUUAUGACAACCCGAUGGAACUAUGCAAAGAUAUAAGACUAAUAUUUAGCAAUGCAAAAUCUUACACUCCAAGUAAAAGAUCAAAGAUUUAUAGUAUGACCUUGAGAUUAUCAGCGCUAUUUGAGGAAAAAAUGAGAAGAAUCGUUUCAGACUUUAAAACUGGCCAAAAACACAAUGAAAGACUGAGAAGAAGCCAGAGAUGUUAUAGGAGGUUGCAAAGUCAUAGCAUGGUACAGCACCCUAACAGAACACUCAGAAAUGUGAAGCAGAAACCCUUAAAAUCUCAGGCAAAAAUUGAAUCUGAGCAGGAAGAUUCUUCUACCCAACCUACCUCUAGCAGAGCAGCAUGUGUUACAAGCCAUAAAAUAAAUGCUAGCACCUAUGCCCACAGUUCUUCUGGCGAAUCUUCUGAUUCUGCUUGCAUAUCAUCACGUGAAAGAAAUGGAAAAGCUAGAACUACACCCUUAACAAAUCAUACUGCAUUGUCAUCAGAAAGUGAAAUAGAAGGCUCUUCAGCUUCUUCCUCUGCCUCCUCAUCAGGAUCUUCUUCCUCUUCUUCGUCAAGUAGCUCAGAGGAAAGUAAAGAGAGCUCUAUGGCUCUUGCAUCCCCAGUAUUACACAAUGGUAUAUCCAGAGCAAAGAACAGCAGCUUUAGGGUAACCAGAAAUAGAGCAGCUCAAAGAAAGCAAAUGGGAUCAGAUUCUCAGGAGAAUGGAAAUAUCAGAAAAACUGCCAGGAAAAGGCUAUAUAGAAGUGACUCUGAAAAUACUUCAGCAGUGGCUUGUGAAUCGUUGAGUAACAAAACUGGUAGACAUAGAAAAAUUCCACGCAGAAGUGCUACUGUGGCUGCUAAUAAAUUAAGGCUGAUGAGUGAUGUGGAGGAAGAGAUCUCCAGUUCAGAAAGUGUUGGCAUUGCAAGCAAGAACAGAAAACUGCCCCACCGCAAUGCUUCUGCUGCAGCCAGGAAACUGCUAUUGGACGGUUCUGAUGAUGAGACAGGUUUAAAGUCUGAAAGUGAAAAAGAAGUAAAAGAACAGUAUGCGAGGAAGAAAAAACUUUCUCAGCCUGGUUCAUCUGCUGCUAGAAGAAAAUAUAUUAGUGAAUCUGAAGUUGGAAGUUCAGAUUCUGAAACUGAUACAAGAAUGGCACACAAAAAUAGGCAAAGCAAUAGCAAAAAACCACCACAGAGGACGGUCUGUGCUUCAUCUCCUAAAAUUAAAAAUCCCACAGUAGAAUUUUCAGAGGACGACUCCAAAAACCAUAAGUCAGAGGAUGGGAGCAGUCAGAAAGUGUCCAGCCAGUCAACUUCUACACACAAACAGCAUGCAGUGAGCAACUCUGAGGAUGAGGAAGAUUCUGAGUCAGGCAGGUGGAAUGGUAGAAAAAUCAAGAAGGUGACAAGUCAAAAGCCUGCAACUCCUUUCAAAAAAGCAAAAGUCUUGAGUGACUUAGAGGACACAGCAGAGUCUGAAACAGAAGUGAAGGAGAAUGGAAGAAGUUCUGUGUCAGAGAGCAUGGAAACUUCUGGGACUCCAGGGAGCUCAAAAUCUGGACCUGAUGCUAGUUUCAAUUGCUCUUCUAAUUUAGCAUCUGAAACUGAUACCAAUAAUAGUAACUAUAGUGAUGCCAUAAACAAAAAAAGGAGGAAAAGGGAAGUCACUAAAAAAGGGUCUUUCUCUCAAGAGAAUGGACAUAGCAGAAGAGCUACCAGGAAAAGGUUAUAUGGGAGUGACUCAGAAUAUUCAAAGGGGGUUUACAAAAUAGUGAAUGACAAAGAUGAUGGUCGCAGAAGAAUUCCACGCAGAAGUGCUACUGUGGCUGCCAGUAAAUUAAGACUAAUGAGUGAUGUGGAGGAAGAGAUCUCCAGCUCAGAAAGUAUUGGCAUUGGAAGCAAGAACAGAAAACUGCCCCACCGCAGUGCCUCUGCUGCAGCCAGGAAAUUGUUAUUGGAUGGCUUUGAAGAUGACACAGGUUUAAAAUCUGAAAGUGAAAAAGAACAAAAAGAACAGUAUAUUAAGCGGAAAAUGCUUUCGCAGGCUGGUUCAUCUGCUAGAAGAAAAUAUAUUAGUGAAUCUGAAGAUAAAAGUUCAGAUUCUGAAAUAGGUGUAAAAAUGGCACCAAAAAAUAGGCAAAGCAAUGGCCAUAAACAACCACACAGGACAGUCUGUACUGCAUCUCCUAAAAUUAAAAAUCCCACAGUAGAAUUCUCAGAGGAGGACUCCAAAAGCCAUAAGUCAGGGGAUGGGAGCAGUCAAAAGGUGUCUGAUCAGUCAACUUCUGCACACACACAGCAUGCCGUGAGCAACUCUGAGGAUGAGGCAGAUUCUUUGUCAGGCAGGUGGAAUGGUAGAAGAAUUAAGAAGAUGACCAGUCAAAAGUCUGCAACUCUUUUCAAGAAAGCAAAAGCCUUGAGUGAUUUGAAAAACAGAGCAGAGUCUGAAACCGAAGUGAGGGAGAAUGGAAGACGGUCUGUGUCAGAGAGAACAGGACCUUCUGGAACUGCAGGGAGCUCAAAAUCUGGACCUGAUGCCAGUUUCAAUUGCUCUUCUAAUUUAGAAUUUGAUACUGAUUCCAAUAGCAGUAACUAUAGCAAUGCCACAAACACAAAAAAAAGGAAAAGGAAAGGAAAAACAAAAGUCAUUAGAAAAGAAUCAACCUCUGAGGAGAUUGGACAAAAUACAAAAGUGCUCAGGAGCAGGACAUAUAUGAAUGACUACAAAAAAUAUACAACGUUUUCUAGUGAGACAUUAAAUGCCAAAACUGUUACUGGAAAAAAACCUCCAUGCAGAAGUGCUACUUUGGCUGCUAAUAAAAAUAAGAUGAUGAGUGAUGUAAAGGAAGAGCUCUCCAGCUCAGAAAGUGUGUGCACUGAAAAAAAGAAUAGAAAACUGCCUCACCGGACGGUGUCUGCUGCAUCCAAGAAAAGGCUAAGGGACAGCUCUAAGGUAGAUGCCACUUUCAAGUCUGAACGUGAAAAAGUAAAAGAGCAACAUACUAACAGGAAAACACACUCUCAGCCUAAUUCAGCUGCUGCUAGAAGAAAAUAUAUUAGAGAGUCUGAAAGGGGAAAAUCUGAAUCUGAGAAAGAGACCAAGAUGACACACAAGAACAGGCAUAUUAAUGACCACAAGCAGCCACACAGAACUGUCCGUGCUGCAUCUCUUAAAAUGAAAAAUUCCACAGUAGAAUUUUCAGAGGAGGACUCCAAAAGCCGUAAGUCAGGGGAUGGGAGCAGUAAGAAAGCUUCUGACCAGUCAACUUUUGUACGCAAACAUCAUGCAGUGAGCAACUCUGAGGGUGAGGCAGGUUCUGAAUCAGGCAAGUGCAAAGGUAAAAAAACCAAGGUGACCAGUCAAAAGGCUGGGACGUCUUUCAGAAAAGCAAAAUUCUUGAAUGCCGUAAAGGACACAGAGUCUGAAACAGGAGAGCAGGAAGAUGGAAGAAGUUCUUUGUGUCAGCGGACUGCUCCUUCUGAGACUGCAAAGAUUGGAAAAUCUGGACCUGGUGCCAGUUUAAAUUGCUCUUCCAAUUUAGAAUCUGAAACUGAUUCUAGUAACAGUAGCUAUAGGAAUACCACAAAAACAAAAAAGAGGAAAAGAAAAAGAAAAACGAAAGUAAUUAGAAAAGGUAAAAUUUCAAAUUCAAAUGUAUCUAAGCCGUCCAGAAGGCCCCAGCGAACAAAACGUCCUAAACUUAAUCAAGAAAAUGACUCUGACGAUGUGGACUAUACCAAAUAUAAAAGAGCAAAUCGACGUUCUAAAAUAAGAACUAGAAAUGGGGGUAGAAGGACUGUGAGAUAUGAUGAUGGUGGUGAUGAUGAUGAUAGAGGUCUAGAUUACAUAGAUUGUGGAACAUAA